UCUCUGAGUUAUCAGAAGUAAGUUGCCUCUACAUAAUCACCCAUACCAGGGUAUGAUGAAGAGUCAGGUAGAGCUCCUUUAUGUCCUGAUCAUUAUGAGUGGAGGAUUUGCCCAAAGCCUGAAACCCCGCCGGAGCGUUUCCUUCUCAGAUGUUAACCUGAAGCUGUUUGAGGAGCUCGACUUUGAUGGUUUGAGCUCCCUGCUGGUCAGAGAAGACAUCGGUCUGCUCUUCAUCGGAGCCAGAGGAAAGGUCAUCAUGCUGCGUUUGGAUGACAUCACUGAAAAGACAGGCGAGGAGUGGACUUGCCUCAGGAUGAAGAAGACGGCUAAAGACUAAUGUCAGAACAUGAUGUCAAACCAGGAAGCCUCAACAAUGGACUAUUACUUUCCGUAUACUUAAAAUAUAGAUAUGUAACUAAGAGUGCAUUUUUUACUCUUGUUUGUAU